AUGUGGAAAAUUAUGUUCACGAUUUUUUCACUGGUGGUCUUCUUGUGCGCGCAAAAUGUUGAUUCUUGGCGCCGGAGGAGACGCAGACGGGCUCCUCCUCCGUGCAGUGCUAGAGAUUGUACAGUUAGUUCGUGGAACACGUGGAGUUCCUGCAGUCACCAGUGCGGGACUAGUGGAUCACAGAGAAGGAGAAGAGCACAGACUUCCCCCGCGUCGUGUGGAGGAAGUUGUCCGUACACUUUCGAUCAAACUCGCGCUUGCAACAGGGACAAAUGUCAGAAUGGGGGGACACCUCAUAGCAACGGUUGUUCUUGUCGGUCAGGUUACCAAGGAACGUGUUGCGAAGGAGGUAAGAGGUAACGUUGGUUGACGUUUUUUAACAAUUCCGGAUCAAAUUGCACUUUGAACGAUGGUUUUUUAGAGUUGUGAUUACCGGUGAAGAAUAUGUUGACAUUUAACUUUGUAUAUUAGAUUUUAUCAAGAGAGGAUAAAGCUCAGAGACUGAAUCUCCUAUAUAGGCCCUAUACCCAUCGUAAUCCCUCUAAAGAUAUUUUUAGAUCUUCUUUUUUUGUUUCCAAAUGGGCUGAAUGAUAGGCAAUCAUACGUCCUUAGUUUUUGCAAUGUUGACAGGUGGGCGAAGGCCCGCUCAAUGCUCCGCUACGUUCGCGAAUCAAUUGUUGUAUUGGCGGAAGAAAUAACGAGAAAACUGCAACCAUAGGGAAACGAGUCCAAUGUAUACGUUUUGUGGACGAAUGCGCCUCUAGGGAGGUGAGUGUAGUAAGUGGAAAGAAAAAGUAUGGUGGCAUAGAUUGUAAAGCUUCAAAUAAUUUUAAUAACGAAAGAACUACAGUACAUCCCGCUCUAAGUACGCACUAAUAUCAGGAAAAACAAAAUUGAAUGUAUCAGUCCCCGAAGAAUGUUUUUGGUGUAGCUUCUGUUUAAGCAACAAUUCGGAUCUAAGCUAAUUUACCGUGAGAAUUCAGCAUCCUGCAAACGAGAUACAUGAAGAAGAAACCAAAGAAACUAAAAUCACUAACAAAAGGUUAUUUAGCUGCAAGAAAAAGCUACCUUUAAAGAUGUCAAAGAAAAUUGUUGCUUAAAAAGACAACUGCUUCUAAAUAUCAAAGUAAUCCGCUGUGUAAACCACACCGGAAACCACAAAACAAUUAUUAAAUGCCUCAUGACCUCUCAAUGUUCCACGGAGACUCAUUAGAGCGACCAAAUUAAGAUUUGCUGAGUGAAAAAUUAAAAUACUCCAUGCACUUCAUAACCUACGAGCUAAAAAGAAAAAAAAGAAAACCGUUCUUGUUUUAAAGAAUACUUAGGGCGGUGACGUUUCACACUCAUGGGCUUGUCAGUCGUGUUCAGCCUGUCAACACAUUAUUUCAAAUCCAAUUUCCUUUCCUUCUGUUUCUCGACGCUAAUUCCAAAUUGAUACGUACUGAAAUGAAGAAAAACCUCUCAAAAAACAGUUAUCAUUUCGCACAAAGAGAGGAUAAGACCUCUUUAUCCUCUCUUGUUUCGCAUUCAUCGCAACUCUCGCACCCCCGACGUUAAAGGGAUUACGAUGGGUAGAGGGCCUAUAUAUGGGGAUUCAUUCUCUGAGAUUUAUCUCCAGGGAAAAUCGCCCUGGGGAUGAGGUUGUUAUAUUAAAAACCUCCCAACUGCACAUGACUGAUGUCAUGAACUGUUGGAGGGUAGAUCAAAGGUUAGGGCGAGGUCAGGGUUAAGGUUCAGUGGAAUUUUCUAAAUAUUUUAUCCAGCUUGUUGGAAAAAAGAGUAACCGAACUUCAAACUAAUAGCUUCUGGAGGCAAAACCGACCUACAAAGUGCAAAGAGCGUCCGAAGUUUUGCGUUAAGUGUAAUUACUCACUUGAUCAAUUUGUUUUGAGAGACCUAUUAACCAGCUUCAACAUAGUUUAAAACAAAGGAAACGUUGAGGCGAUGUCGAGACAAAGUUUAAAACAAAACAAAGACAACACGCGUUCAACUUACUCCUUUCAAUAUCUCACAACAAUAAUGAAAGAGUUUCUGCUUUUUACAAGUUUCUCGAUCAUCUUGAGACCUUUUGACCAGGGUUUUAAUAAGGGAUAUGACACCCCAAUUUUGUCUGGUAUUGAAGUCAUUUCCGCGCAAAUGCAAAUUAUUCUUGUAUGCAAAACUUAACACUCCUUCCCUCCCUGUGUUCGAGAUAGAAGUUAACAGUUUACGAAAGCUAGUAAAAGAUUUUGCUUGUCUUACAUCAGUGGACAAAACAGAACAGAACAGUCCCUCUGUAGCAGAAGCUAUUUCUAUAGUAAUUGGUUCGUGGCAAGGGAACAGCAAGAUUGUUUUCAGAAUCUCUAAGGUUAUAAGAAUUAAAUGUGUCGCAGCGUAAUAUGAAUUUUGAAGACAUGUAAUCAAGUGCAAGGCAAUUCAAAGAUUUAUACACCAUCACAGCCUUCUGAAUUUGCCGCUGAGUUUCAGGGUUUUGCCACCCCAAGUCAUUUUAAAGUAUAUUUACAUCUGCAUCAUGUUUGGAGUUUGUGAGAACGCGUGCUGCACGUACCCCAUACCACUCUGCAAUAUUCAAAAUGUGAUUGGACAAGGUUAACAUACAUCAUGCAAGGCGGUAGGGGGCAAACAAUGAUUGAUGCGUUUUAUAGCUCCAAUACCAGAUGCAAUUCUCUUAGACAAAGCGUCAACAUGGUUUUCCCACAUUAGAUUUUCGUCAAUAAGCACGCCAAGAGACUUAGAGCAUUGAGAAUGUUUGAUUGGAACGUUAUUUAUAUUCAAAGAAGGCAGAGAAGGUAGAUUAUUAAGUUUUUGCCUUGAGCCGGUUAACCCGAACUCAGUAUUAGUCAUAUUUAGCGUUAGUUUAUUUGUGGUAAGCCAGCGAUUUAUGUUGAGCAAGUCCUCGUUCAGGGAAGACUGAAUGGAAUGGAUAUUACCAUACGAAUAAGAUGGGUAUCACCAGCACACAUUCUUGGCACAGAGUGAGACAGACAAUUGGGCAAAUCAUUGAUAUAUAGCAAAAACAGUAAAGGCCCUAAUAUUGUUUAAUGGGGAAUACCAUACUUGAGGUGCAACAUUCUGACAGCAUUUUAGCAUCCUUCUUUUGACUUUUAAACAAGGUAUAGAUUACCAUCGUAAUCGGCUUGCACUAUUUGGAGCAGGUUACAUCUAUCUGCUCGAGGCUAGGAGAUGACUUUGUUUACCAUGAGUCAGAGAAAACGAGGAAGUGGAAGCAUCCGUAAAAUGUUCAAGAUGGGCAGCUUUUACCUAAUGAUAGGAAAAUUACAAAAAUCCGACCGGAUUUAGGCGACAUUAGAUUCUAAAAUCACGAAAAGAAAAGCUUUAGAGACUACAUACCCUUUGAUAACCAAGUCAUAAGAAUUCCCCCGCCCCACUCUGUACAGUAUGUUGCAAUGCACUUUGUGAAUCGUGUUAAAUAGUCUUCUGUUCUUGCAGACGUGAAUGAAUGCCUACGAAAUCCCUGCCAGCACAUCUGUACAAAUACAUUCGGAAGUUAUACCUGCCAAUGCCAUUCAUGCUACACCAAACUUGAAACACGGUGUGACCUGAGACAAUGCAAAAUUAGUGGCUCGUGUUACGCUUAUGGAGCAGUGAACCCGAGCAAUAAGUGCCAGGUGAGAAAAAAAAUACAAUAGAGUUUAAGAAUUGAGACACACGAGUCCGGUAAUUGCUCAUAGAACAACAGGUUUUUACUCAAAUCACGUCGUUUGACCGAAAUUGCACAGUGUGUUCGGAGCUUUUCACAUUGCAUCAAUCUGCUAGUUCAUCCAGUACUUUUAAAUGAAUCCAUAUCUCGCAUCCUAAUUUUCAUUUAGAUUAACAAUUCAUUUAUAACCUCAAAAGCACAAAUAAGGACGAGGUCCUGUACUCUUCAACAACUAAGAAGGGUCGAAUCCAAUACACAAUUUUGAUAUCUGCCCCAUUAUGCAUACCGAUUUCACCUCAGCAGUAUCAAAAAUAUAUAUAUAUCUAGAUGGACGACAUCAAAAAUGUUCAUUUUGAUGAGGGCUUCAAGUGUCAACACUAGAUAACAUAGCAAAACCCAAAGCCAAACAUUUGCAAUAAGAAGCUGGUCUUUUUCUCGCACAAAAAUAUUAUACACUGAUUGUGAUGGGUGUACCAUCCAAACAAUUUGUCCGCUAAAUUAAAAAAGUUGUAAUGUUGGUGAGGGAAACUAUCUACUAAAAGUAUAUUGUUACUGCCGUCUAAACCUUUUGGUUCAAACCGAAAGGCUAAUUAAUUUAAUUCGCUUGUGACAGGACUGUAACAGUGCCAACAAGAUGGCCUGGACAAACAAUGACGCAUUACCUUGUAGUGACGGUGUGGCAUGCACUAGGAACGACCGUUGUUCAGGUGGUGUUUGCUCUGGAACACCAUUCACUUGCCUUCCGUGCGAAGAGUGCUACAACGACGCGUGUCGCGUUAAGCCCGGUUACUGCGUUAUUCAGGAUGGUGGAGUUAAGAAGUGUUUUACCCAUGGCACCUUACGUCCAGGAUAUCAGUGCCAGGUACAAAUCCCUGAAUAGUUUUUUUGGGGGGCUACCUGUGGCACAGCCCAAAUAUAAAGAGAGCUUUUUUCGCCGAAAAACGAAAAAUUUCGGAUGGACCACCCAGAAGGCAUUGCAUGUCCUACCCCCUCUAACAGGGCCACCAUUGUGACUUUUUGCGGGAGGUAAUGGGUCAUUUCAAGAGGGAAAAUUGCAGCCAAUUAGGAGUAAUUAGGACUAGCUGUACACUCAUAAGACCCAAAAACGAAGACCUAAGGCCUAAGACCCCGUGGACUAAAAGGAAGACCCUUGGACUAAAACGAAGACCCUCUGGACUAAGGCGAAGACCCCUAGACUAAAACGAAGACCCUCUGGACAAAAACGAAGACCCCAUGAACUAAAACGAAGACCCUCUGGACUAAAACGAAGACCCCUGUGGAUUAAACUCUUACGGCGAUUUAGGAGUGUUGUGGAAUUUCCUCUGGGCUAUUUGAUUGUGAUAAUGAAGUCUAUCACUCACCUUUUCUUCAAUCGACCGCGUGCUCUAGCGUUCUAAAAUGUCGAACAAUUGUAUCGAUCAAUACAAGUACAAAACAAAAUAACCGGCGUAGGAAGGAAAUAACAACAAGACAUUUAACAUUGAUGAAUUCAAGGAGAGGGGAACCUCGCGCUCUUUUUAUUACUUUUUACCUCAUCAACAGAAAAAUGCUGUCGAUCCAGAACAUCGCUCGAGUAAAGCUGUACAUUUCGGGUUUCAUGUAAGCAAGGUUUAAUAGUAUAUAUGCCGGGUUAUAUUUAUAACCCUGUCUCUUUAUUCUGACCUCUAUUGUAAAAAAAUGACUCAUCUUUUACGGCUCAAACAGUUGUUAUAAUGAUAACUGUAGUAAAAAAUAAAAGAAAAUAAAAGAAAAGGAAAAAAAAAUACAUCGGUUCUGCAAGAUUCGAUCCCGGGACAGUUACGUCGUAUCUAAGACGUUACCACAAGGCAUCGAAGGCUUUCUCGAAAUAACAAAAUGAAAAAUUUUUAUUUAUACAAAACUGACGUCAUCAUCGCCGUAAACACAUCCAAAGUGAUUUAACACUCGAAAUAUGUUCAAAGAAACCUGUAAAGAGACGGAUGGAGACACCUUUUGGAAGAAAAGGUAAGUGAUAGACUUCACUAUCACAAUUAAAUAGCGCAGAGAAAAAUUCCACAAUAUUCCCAAAUCAGCUCAAAUCGCCGUAACAAAUUACCGAAGAGGGCGUUGUCUUUCGCAAGAGUUCAAAAUCUACAUGGGUCUCCGUUUAGUCCAAAGGGUCUUCGUUUUAGUCCAAGGGGUCUUCGUUUUAGUUCAUAGGGUCUUUGUUUUAGUCCAGGGGGUCUUCGUUUUAGUCCACGGGGUCUUAGGUUUAAGGUCUUCGUUUUCGGGUCUUCGUUUUGGAAACACCCAAGGUUAGCAUGGAUUGCUAUCGCCGAAUGGUCUACAGGCGGCCCAAGCUCACUACAGGAACCCGGACGUGACUCUUGCUUGCGAGCAGUGUUGUGUUACAAACGGUUAUUUACAUAGGCUUGUAUGGGACGUAAACGGUUUUUCUUAAAAGAGAGAACAAAUGUUAUGUUUUUAAAUAAAAUCGAUUAACCGUAUUGCCUUGUUGUAUUCUUUGUAGUUUGCCCGCGUCUCAGGCCGUUUUGAAGCGUUUUAGCGCUAUUUUGGUCGCCGAAAACGCUUCAAAACGGCCUGAGACGCCGGUAAACAGCAAAGAAUACAGUAAGGCAAUAAGGUAAGUGGAUUUUAUUUAAAAACAUAACAUUUGUUCUCUCUUUUACGAAAAACCGGUUACAUCCGAUACAAGCCUUUGUAAAUAACCGUUUGUAACACAACACCGCUCGCAAGCAAGAGUCACGUCAGCGUUCCUCUAGUGCGUUACGGUCGCCUGUGAAUGGUCUCGCUAUUGGGACACAGUGUCUUGCCCUUACGCUUCUCCGUUUAUCACUCUUAUUUGUUUAUUUCAUGGCUAAACCUGGAAAACAGCUAGUCACCUAGUUAGGUAGACUUUCGACUAUUCAUUUCAAUUCUUCCGAUUCAUCAAUGACUUGUCCACGUCGUUAAAGUCGUCGCUUUUUCUGGUAAUUUAAGGAGCCUUCUCUGAUUGAAAACUUGACUUUAAACCGUCUCUGUUAGUCUCCUGCACUAACUUACCUUACCGUUUUCUACCUUCUUAAAUUAACAUGUUCUCUUCCAGCAAUGUGACAGCAACAACAAAUAUCAGUGGACCAACAACAACAAUCUUAAAUGCAGUGACAACAACUUAAAGACCAAAGAUGACCGAUGUAUCAGUGGAGCGUGCGUGGGCACCCCGUACAACUGCCUUCCGUGCGAGACACAUGACGGACGGGGCUGUCCAAUCAACCCAGGACACUGUAUUAUACAAAAUGGCAACCAAAGGACUUGCUACGCUAAGAAUCAUUACAAACCAGGAAACCCUUGUCAGGUAGAAAGAUAAUACUUUCGUAUUGUACUUGGUAUCCUAUUGUAUUUAAUCUGUGAGAAGGUAAAUACUGUUAGAGCGAUUCAAUGAAGCCCUCUGAGGUAAGAAUAAGUUUAUAACAGAUUAAUUCAGUCUGUAAAAAAAUACAAGCAACCACGAUUGAAAACACAUGAUACACCAAUUCAACCCAAGGAGGGCUGCGUGGCCUCAAAUCUGAUAAGUAAUUUAAACUCGCAAGAAUAGUGCAGGGGAAAAGAAAAACAGUGUCGUUGUUGAAAUGGCAACGACGCUGAUUCUCUUUUCUUUUGAUCCAGAGAUAGUUGAGCAUUUCCAUUCCCUUAGUGUUGCAAAAGAUGUAUGCAAGCGCCAUCACUUUUCUCGGCAAUAAAUACCCAGUACACGGAAUAUGCUUCAAAAAUCCGUGAUUCAGAAUUCAACCUGCUAUAGCAGACGCCAUUCUCCUGACACUUGUCACCGUCCUAACGUCACUUACUUUGGAAACAAACACCACAGUUAUUUAACUAACUACAAGUCUGAUAACUUCUGGUUUCCAUCUAAUUUUAAGUGGUGUAAUCCAAGCAGCAGCACGAGCACCUGGACAAAUCGCGAAGGCGUGGCAUGUGAUGAUGGUGACAAGUGCACACGUGAUGACACGUGUCGCAGUGGCCAAUGCAGUGCCACCCCAUUCACGUGUAAUUCCGGGUGCCAAUACUGCAAUGGCUAUACCUGCAGUCUGAAAACAGGAUUUGGAUUCGUAAACAACAAGUGUAUGUGCAAGAUAGCGGGUGUGUAAAUGAAUUUAUGCAGCAAACUCUUACUAUCCAGGCAUUUUCUUGGGGCACUAGGACUAUAUUGCAAGGGGUCAUAGGGGACCUGCACUUAAUCUAAAUGAGAUGAUAACCACUCACAGGAAAUCUCACAGAGCGCUCGCUCGCAGGUUAAUUUACAGCCGAUUUGCAAGAGAUAAUUCAGCUGGUAACAACAAGGACAAAAACAGGACGGAUCAUGAACAUAAUUAGAGUUAACGUAUCUUAAGAAGCAAUCCCAGAGCCUUCUAGGUUCUUGACACAGGUUUUAUUAAGCACGUAGCGGGCUGAGGACAAAAAAAUGGUGGGAAUGGGGUUUCCGUUCCUGUAUUGAUGUUGGAUACACUUUGAAUUUAAAGUUUGAGAUUUAACUUCCGACAAUAAGAUUUACAAGGUGGAUCAAUUUAGGUUCCUGGGAAACUGCCCACCUACCCCUCCCCUAAAAAAACAUUUUACUCUGAACGAGAAGUGUUAAUGCUGGCUUAGGGGAGGCGUAGGUGGGCAGUUUCCCACAAACCUAAAUAUUUAUUGAUCCUACUACGUAAAGGCGACAUGAUUACCAAAUACAACACACUCUUUUCUUCACACCUGGUAGGUCAAGACUAUGGACACCAGACCUUAAAUCCGUCAAACCCGUGUCAGUGGUGUGUCCUGGACGACCCAACAGCUCGUGCUAACAGUGCCUGGUCAAACCGUCCUCCUGUAGCUUGUGACGAUCAAGAUUCAUGCACCAAGCAGGACACUUGUAAUGCCGGCAGGUGCUGUUAAAAGUCAUUUUACUAGAAAAAAAUUACAGGGAAAUCGUUUUAUUUAGAGGUCGAUUUAUUUGGUGAAAAAUCAUUGGUCGGAAACCGCAAACUCAAGACUCUAGAACAAGACUUGAAAUGUUCACUAGAGAACUAAUUGUCCAAUCUAAUUAGAAAAAUCAGUGAGAACAAAUUACUGGAAUACUGUACUCUCUUACCUUUCUCCAUACGGUUAAACCAGUAACCUCACAACACGUUCACGUCACCUCUUUGCAGGCCCAAUAGAUGCCGACUCCGAAUCUUUCCAAGGUAUCCUAUUAAGGAAAUGCGGCCGUAAGCAGAUCUUAAAACUGAUAUACAAACCUUUAAACGAUAUAUUUACUGAAAACAUGGAACGAGCUCUUUUUAUAUCAGGACCAUUGCCAAACUGUUUUUUCCUUCCAUUUCCUUUUGAAUUUAUUUUGAACAAAUACAUGUGGACUGUUCUAUCCUCUUUUAACUCUGUUUUAUCUUACACUGAACAGUGGCGGACCCAGGGGAGGGGCCCGGGGGGCGCCCCCUUAUUUGUAGACCAAACGGAGGCCCGAAGGGCCGAAAAGGAUUUUUAGACCGACUCCCCCGCGCUCCUAUCUCAGGGUCUGGAUGAUCGUUCCCUCACCUUAUCUGAAGGUCUGGAUUCGCCACUGCUGAAGCAUGUGCAUUGUAUGUAAGCCAGUUAGAUUCCAGGCUUUCUAACACAUAAAAUAAACAGCAAUACAAGAAAAUAAUUCUUUAGGACGUUAAACUACAAUCACAACAAACGUUCACCCUAUAUUCACUCGGUUAAUCCGAGGCGCAGGAUUGGAGGGGGAAUUGGGAGGGCCUAGUAUGCCCACACGGGACAUGAAACCGUGGAUACGGAUAUGAAAUCGUAUUAACCUUGAAUAGCGGGAUUGAUUGAAAUGGGAGUUACCUUUGAACCGCCUUUUUGGAGUUAAAUUAUUUUAAACUUUGGACAAAAUUUAGGUUAAUUAAUGGUGCCUGGAAAGUGCCAAAUGUUAUGAGCAGCUGUUUCAAUCAUGACUCCGUAAAAAAUAUGGUCACGGCAGGGCGAGCGCGUCCUUCCAACCAAUCCUGUGAAGUAAGAUUUAAGGAAUUGUGGUACUUUCAUCAGGUGUGUAGGCCAACCAUACUCUUGUCAGUCAUCUCACCCGUCUUCAAGUUGUAUCAAGACUUCCCAGUGUGUUGGUGAUGGAACGUGCAGAGACAUUAUGAGAGCAACAGGGACCAUUUGCCGACCUCCUGUCGACGUUUGUGACCGGCCUGAAAGGUAAUGAACGAUGAGGAGGACGAUUCUGUAGUAAACAAACAAGUCCUCGUUUGUGUACGAAAACUAUAUAUAUAACUAUGAUAUAUUAUGUGCCCUGGAUCAUUGCACCCUUUUUCUCAAAUGGACAGUAAAAAUUCAAAUAUAUCUGAAACCAUUUGGAAAAAAAUAUUCUUAGAUGUCAAGUGAAUGGUAACGAUUCAGUGUUAACAGGCCGGUUACGUUUGGAUUGGUAUCCAUAAACUCUGAAACGGCCGCUCUUUUUUCGGUAGUCGAGGGGGGAGAGAAAAUCACGCUUACGAUACAGUAAAAACCUGCAUAAAAGAACGAGUGAACACUCAGGCUGAACGUUGGUCAAAAAAGUACCAUAUACAUAUGAACACAUUCAGCCUGAAAAAUGAAAAUUGAUCUUACAUAAAAAAAAAAGUGGCUGCCAGUUAGAUUAGAAUAACCUACUAGGGUAAUAGUUACAUGGAAGGAGGGAGAAGGAGCUGGUGCAUUUUGAAUUUGCAAGACUUUUCCUGAGUUUCGAGUUGUGUAUCACCAGAACUGCUACCCCCCCUCCCCCCCAAUGUAACAUUAUUGCCUUGAUUAAUGCAGUUAAGGUUAGUUCCAUCCAUCCGUCAAUUAAUUAAAAUGGUUUGCUUGCACAUUGAUUUCAUCUGUUGGUAGUCUAUGCAGUAUUUAGAAACAAUUUUAAGAACACCUUAGGAACAUUUCAGGCUGAUUUUGCGGAAACGCCCAAUAUAUAAGGACAAAAUCAGCCUUAACCCCCAAAACACGGUUUGUUUUAUAUGGGUUUUUACUGUAUAAGGUGCUACUCCUUCACAUAAUAGUACAGAUCAUCAUUUUUCUAUAAGCUCUUCGAAAUUUCUGAUCACCUUUUUCUUCCCUAAUGCGAAGGGAUCGGGAAAAAAGGGGUCGUAUGAUAUGGAAGACGCUAGCAACACGGUCCCCAUUUAUUAUCUAGGUGUGAUGGUAACCUUGGGACAUGUCCCGGAGCAGUGCAAGACAGGAUUAACAUAAGAACUGGCACAGCCAAAUUUAUGGAUAGCACAUUUCAGUCAGUUGUUAGCUAUCAGCACCUCACGGACAAACUCUACCUUCGUGUCUCUGGCUUUUCUGUCUCCUGUGGCCAUUUGACGUUCAGAUGGUUUUUGCUAUCUGCAUCUUCCGCCUGCAACACUGCAUCACCAUUGAACGGGACAUUUCCUAACAGUAACUCGCAGCAAACUAUUACAGGUAGGUAGAUGUCAUUUUUCUAAAAUAAAACACUGCUCAGUAAUGAAUACACCAGUGUCAAUCAUGGAACGUGUCUGUGGGGUCACUAAAAACUAAUCAAUGGCUGCUCAAUGGAAAUGCUUUGUUUAAUGUUCGUAGUUAAAUCAGUUAAAUGUAACACAAUUACAUCAGAGGACGUCUUAAAGAUUGUAGGCCGGACCACCCUUUUAGCAUAAAAAAAUGGGAAAUACCGCGCAACACAAAAACCGGACGUUUCGAGGUUGCUCCCUCUUCCUCAGUGAUUUUUCCGUGCCCUUUCAUGCACAUUUUGAUAAACUUUGUGAAAAUCUCUACCCUUUUAGGCUGACUUCCCUCUCACGUUUUGUUUGUAAAAUGUAUUUGGAGGUCACCCCUUCGCGAUUGAUACACGACUUGCAGGUGCUUUCGCAGUGAGGCUUUUUACAAGGAGGAAAGGGAGCUUAAAGUUGUCUGAAAUUAGUCACUCAGGAAAGCUUAAGUUAAAAGGCAUGCUUAUGUCACGUGUACAUUUGACAAAAUUUACUGACUUUCAGCAGGGGCCAGACAUGUUUUCAUAGUUAACGUUCAUAGGAGCACGAGAACACUUCUGCACCCUAACAGAGUAGCCCGUAAGUCGUAAUAUAAGGAACAGAGGGAGGGGGCUCCGGAACCCUCAAAGUACCAAGGGUACGUUCCCUUACUUGCACAGAACCCAAGAGUCUUCCAAAGCGUGUCUGCUCAUGAAUUGUGUAAGACUUGUCAGAGGUCCAUUUGCAACUUCUCGCUUCGGAAAAGGAAGCAAGUUAGCUUUUUUACUUUUAAGCAACUGUCUGGUUAGCCCGAAUUUCAUCCGAUUACUUCGAGUCGUUAUUACUCCCUCAGUAAUAACGACUCGAAGUAAUCGGAUGAAAUUCAGGCUACUGUCUGGUUACUGUUGAUCCAGUUUUUCCACUGACGGUAGCGGAAAUGGAAGCUUUGNAAAACUAAUCAAUGGCUGCUCAAUGGAAAUGCUUUGUUUAAUGUUCGUAGUUAAAUCAGUUAAAUGUAACACAAUUACAUCAGAGGACGUCUUAAAGAUUGUAGGCCGGACCACCCUUUUAGCAUAAAAAAAUGGGAAAUACCGCGCAACACAAAAACCGGACGUUUCGAGGUUGCUCCCUCUUCCUCAGUGAUUUUUCCGUGCCCUUUCAUGCACAUUUUGAUAAACUUUGUGAAAAUCUCUACCCUUUUAGGCUGACUUCCCUCUCACGUUUUGUUUGUAAAAUGUAUUUGGAGGUCACCCCUUCGCGAUUGAUACACGACUUGCAGGUGCUUUCGCAGUGAGGCUUUUUACAAGGAGGAAAGGGAGCUUAAAGUUGUCUGAAAUUAGUCACUCAGGAAAGCUUAAGUUAAAAGGCAUGCUUAUGUCACGUGUACAUUUGACAAAAUUUACUGACUUUCAGCAGGGGCCAGACAUGUUUUCAUAGUUAACGUUCAUAGGAGCACGAGAACACUUCUGCACCCUAACAGAGUAGCCCGUAAGUCGUAAUAUAAGGAACAGAGGGAGGGGGCUCCGGAACCCUCAAAGUACCAAGGGUACGUUCCCUUACUUGCACAGAACCCAAGAGUCUUCCAAAGCGUGUCUGCUCAUGAAUUGUGUAAGACUUGUCAGAGGUCCAUUUGCAACUUCUCGCUUCGGAAAAGGAAGCAAGUUAGCUUUUUUACUUUUAAGCAACUGUCUGGUUAGCCCGAAUUUCAUCCGAUUACUUCGAGUCGUUAUUACUCCCUCAGUAAUAACGACUCGAAGUAAUCGGAUGAAAUUCAGGCUACUGUCUGGUUACUGUUGAUCCAGUUUUUCCACUGACGGUAGCGGAAAUGGAAGCUUUGCUUGCUUUGGAUAACAGCUAGUGUUAUGAAAAGUCCAUGAGGCACUGAAGUGCAAACUAUAGUAGUAUAGACCUACAUAGUCGAGUGGCAUUUCUGCAUCAUCACCUUCUUUCUAAAGCUACUCCAAAAUUGCCCUGUAACUUUUCACUCCAUUUUCAUAUGGCGAAACCCGAACAUGUUCCUGGGGGCUUUGAGUCCGAAAAGGCGAGAACAAGUCAAAUCAGCCAGAUAUAAAAUGAUAGAUACAAAAAAUUUAGAUAUUUCUAGAUACGAGGCCCCAGUUGUUCAAACGUUGGAUAGCACUACCCACCGUAUAAAUCACUAUCCAGAGGAUAAGUAUUACGGAAAUCAAUUACGCUAUCCGCUGGAUAGAGAUUUAUCCGAUGGAUAACGCUAUCCAACGUUUGAACAACCAGGGCCAGUUCUUUAAACGUUUAAUUAACAGACGGUUUUAGGGGUCCUGUUGUUUAAACAGACCGCCUUACAUUGUUUGGACGUGAGACACCUCUGAAAUUUUCGGUGUUCUUAAGUCGAAUGAAUCCAGGCCCCAGUUGUUCAAAAGGUGGAUAACGCUAUCCCCCCGGAUAAAUCAUUAUCCACUGGAUAGUGCAGUUGGUUUCCCUAACACUUAUCCGUUAGAUAGCGCUAUCCAACUUUCGAACAACUGGGGCCAGAACUCAUUUGUUUGCUCAUAUUUGUUUUCACGUGUUUAUAGCUUAUCACAUGCAUGAAACUUUUACAGGGCUUAUUCUCCAGGAUACCAACAGCUAUAAAGUUUCCAUACAAGCUUCGGAUAUAAGAAACAACGUACCUCAACUUGUUUGUAGUGGUGUGGUCGUCAUUGAUACCUCGAAGCCACAAGAUGGUUGGAUUCGCGAUGGGUCUGGAGCUGACCUUAGUUACCAAGACACCAAAUUAUUGCAAGUAAACUGGGGUGGAGUAAAAACAAGAUACGGUGUAAGAAAGUACGACUGGAAAGUUCUCAUAACCCCUUUUGACACAAAUCAGACCACCGAGCCUAUGCCAUUUACGACUGUUCAUCAGAACACUAGCGCACAAAAAUUAUUUAACAGCAUCACAGACGGCUCAAAAGUGAAAUUCGUUGUUCGAGCUUACACCAAAGCGGGCCUGUUUUCAGACCUCACAAGUGACGGGGUUGUCAUCGACACAUCACCACCUAUUGCAGGAAAGGUCUAUGAUGGUAAUCAGGUCGGCUUUGAUUUGAAAUUCGCUAAAUGGGCAAAAACGUUCAGCGCAAACUGGGACAUCUUUACUGAUUCUCAUUCUCCCAUUUCACGAUACACUUGGGCGGUAGAGCGGGUAGGCACCGGAUUAAUCACGUCAUUUAAGGCCACAGACCUUAACCGCAUUAGUACAGCAACUAACCUUAAUUUAGUUUCUGGUGAGAGCUACUGCGCAGUUGUCACAGGUUAUAACGAGGCUGGUCUUCCCACCACAGUCAAAUCAGACUGUGUGUUGAUAGACCACGAAGUACCGCUAGCUGGUACUGUAAAUGAUGGACACGUCCAUGAUGUAGACUACCAAUCAGAAGACACCAUGAUAGCAGCUAAUUGGAAUGGUUUCAGUGAUGGAAGUAAAGGGAGUGGAAUUGUGGAGUACAGAUACAAAGUCACAGAAGACGGUGGAGGUAUAAUUGUUCCCUGGACACCUGCUGGCAAUGCCACUAACAUAACGCUUAACGGGUUGGUUCUUAAGAAUAACACAAAAUACUUCGUUACCGUGAAAGCAGUCGAUGCAGUGGGACUUAGCACUGACAUUACUACGGAUGGUGUUACUGUAGACACAACACAUCCUGUGUUCACAGGAAAAGUGGUCGUUACAGGGGUAAAUGACGUUAAAAAUGGAACAUCGUGUGUUUACAUUUCAAGUAUAUCAUCAGUAAAAGUACAGUGGAUUGGUUUCUCAGACGCACACAGCGGACUUCAGCGAUAUGAAUGGGCAAUCAUCCCCGCCGACAAGUCACUGUCAAACUCUGACUUGACAGAAGUUUCUGGGUCCAAUCUGCCUACAUCUGCAACAUUUCACAAUCUAGCACUUAUUCAAGGAAAAGAAUAUUAUGUCAUUAUGAGAGCCUACAAUAGAGCUGAGUUAUAUAAAGACGCGUACUCAGUCCUGGUGAUACCUGACUCCACCCCUCCAUCACCUGGAGAAGUGUUCGACGGACCAACAUACAAGGUGGAUAUCGACUAUCAAGCUGAGAUUCAUCAUGUUUAUGGGUCUUGGGAAAAUUUCCCCGAGCCUCAUACUGCAGUCAAGCAGUACCACUAUGCGGUGGGAAGUUGUAUCACUGGAAACUACCACGUCACAGAAAAUGCAUUCGUCAAGCUAGAUCCUCCAACGGCCACUUCUUUUGUGCUAUCCAACGUCACACUUGUUAAUGGUCAGCGAUACUGCGUGAAAAUCAAGGCUGAAAACAAAGCUGGUUUGUUUAGUAACGAGGUAUCCUCGGAUGGCUUUGUCGCCGAUGUCACACCACCGGAUACGCGAAACGCCCAGGUGCGAGACGGAAUGACAGGUUCGGACAUCGACUUUCAAGACAACACCACAGCAUUAUCAGCACAGUGGGACGGUUUUGCGGACCGUGAAUCUGGAAUUCAUUAUUACGAAUACGGAAUAGGCAAAAGUCGUGGCAGAAAUGCCGAUGUUUUUUCUUUCAAGAAUAUAGGCCUUAACACUUCAGCUACUGCGGGUGGCCUAUCAUUAAGUGAUGAUGUCUAUUACUUCAUCGUCUGCGCCGUAAACAAGGCCGGGCUGCGCCAGUGCCUCAGCUCAGAUGGCGUUCUCAUAGAUUUCAGCCCUCCGAGCCUUGGGGUGGUGCACGACGGGAUUAUUGAACCCGAUCUGAAAUACCAGUCCUCUUUGUCAAGUAUGGCUGCUAACUGGGAAGGAAUCUGGGACUUGGAAAGUGGAAUCGAAAAAUUUGAGUGGAGCAUUGGAACCAGUACAAAUGACAAGACCAGUGUUCAAGGCUACACUGAUGCUGGACUCUCAACCCACGUCAGAAGUAAAGCUGUUCUUAAUCUAUCGAGUGGAACAAAAUAUUACGUUCAUCUAAAAGUCACGAAUCAGGCAGGAGCUGUUAGAGAACUUGUUUCAGAUGGCGUAAUAGCAGAUGGGACACCUCCAAAUCCAAGCGUAAUCUACCCAGGUUUUGGGUCGCAAGGCGAAUGGAUACACAACGACCAAGAAAGUUCCUUCUACUCUGCUUCAGCAUCAAGUAUUGCAGCUUACUGGACCCGAUUCGCCGAACCUGAAAGUGAGGUAUGGUACUACAAGUGGGCCAUUGGUACAAGCAAAUGUGGCACUCAAGUGCAGUCACUUGUUAACAUCGGACGGUUAAACUACGCCAAUACGACAACGACUGAUCUGGUCUUUAGAUCCGGUAUUAAAUAUUACGUUACGGUAACAUCAAGAAAUCGGGCUGGUCUUGUGUCACGGUCAUGCUCAGAUGCCCUGGUCUUUGACAGCACUCCACCACGUGCAGGAGAAGUUUACGUUGGACAGUCUUCAAACAGCCACAUAACGAAAACCUUCCAUGACAGAAAGGGUAUUAUUAUUUCAUGGAAAGAAUUUAGAGACCGCGAAAGUGGCAUAAGCAAAUGUAAUAUCUCUGUAGAGAAUCAAGUGGGUGACGUUCUGUUCUUCCACAGUAGCAAUGAAACUUUAGGUAAUAUCUCUCUUCCUCACCAUGUCCACCUUUCUCAUGGUCAAAGCUACAAUGCAACUGUCGAGUGUACAAACCACGCAGGCCUUACUUCCUCUUCAUCUACCACUUUCGUAAUCGACGACACACCUCCCAUUCAGAACGGUCCCAUCAUAGCCGGUGUUUCACAUGAUCAACAUUAUCAAUAUCAGUCGGACAAAACCUCUGUAACCGCCACUUGGCCUCCAUUUACAGACCCAGAAAGUGAUAUCAGGAAUUAUCAAUUCGCCAUGGGAACUCGACCAAGCCUAGACGACAUUAUUAGCUUUGAAGACGUUCAUCUCGCAACUCGAGUAAAUAAAAAUGGCCUAAGUCUUCUUCAGGGAGCUGUCUACCACAUAACAGUGAUAGCAACGAACUUUGCAGGUUCAAGUACAAAUGUAUCAUCGCUUGCACUGAGGAUAGACACUACACCUCCCCUGGGUGUCAAUGGCUGCGUCCAUGAUGGACCAAGUGGUAACGAUAUAGACUUUUUUUCUCCUAAUAUAGACCUUGCAGCGCAUUGGGAGGAGAUUAAUGAUGCUGAAAGUAGUAUCGUAGAAAGCAAGUACUGUAUUGGAACAAAGCCUCGCGGUUGCCAGAUUCAAGCAACCAGAAGUGUUCAAGGGAAUAAAUCAUUCAUCUGCCCGACAUGCAAAGCGAAUCCAGGAGAACGAGUUUUUGUUACAGUAACAGCCACAAAUGGAGCGGGCCUGUCAGUGACUCGCAGCUCCAAUGGAAUGGUAUUAGAUGUUACUGCUCCUCGUAUGGGCUCCGUUAUUGACGGAAGUCAUGUAACAGGCGUUGACUACAAUGUCGUUCUUGAAGAGUGGAAUGUCUCCAUGUCUUGGUUUGGUGUGGAGGAUCCUGAAAGUGGUGUAAAAUCGUGCUUAUGGCGAGUACAGGACGCAGAUGGUUACACAGUGCUUGAAAAUGAGAUAAGUAAUAAUACAGUCUACGGACAAAAGAAAGUCUUUACUCGCCCUCAGACAUACCUUGAACUAAACUUUCUAAAAAACGUCACUUACUAUAAUGUAAUAACUUGUUGGAGCAAAGCAAAACUGCACAGCACAGCUCGUUCAAAUGGGUUUCGGAUGGAAUCUGUCUGGCCUGUUCCGGCAUCCGUCAGAAAUGGCAAAAAACAAGGUGUUAAUCUCAUCUAUACAACGAGCACUAGAAUUAUUGGUGCCAACUGGGAUCCUUUUACAAGCGACAUGACGGACCCAGUUGUUGACUACGAGUGGGCCGUUGGCACGGCUGUCGGUAGAAACGAUAUCCUACGUUUUACUAGUGUAGGCCUCAAGACGAGCAUUGAAAGAGACUUGGCACCCAACGCACCAGGAGUUGACGUUUUGGUUGCUGGUCAGAAGCAUUACAUCACUAUAAAAGCUACGUCUGCUGCCGGCUUGACAAGUAUUGCGAGUUCAAGUGGGUUUAUUGUAGAUCCGAGCCCUCCAGUGAAGGCAGAGGUAAUCACUAGUCACGUGGUGACUGACCAAAAACAGCGCAUUGUCGAAAUUCAUGUUUCUUGGGAUGGCACGCAGGACUACGAAAGUGGCAUUGAAAGCAGCGAUUACUGCUUAGGAACCACGCCCCUUACAUGUGUAGACGUUGCUACAAGUGUAGGACCGUCCACAACCGGGACCAUUGGCCCGUUCAAGCCUGAACUUCAAGCAGGUUAUUACGUCACUGUAAUUGUUGCAAACAGAGCUGGCCUUACAUCUGUCAUGUCUUCCAAGAAGCUAAACUUUGACUCAACGUCUCCAACCCAAGGGACCGUAGUUGACGGACUGGGCCAAGACAUUGAUUUCACGGAUUCCAUGAAUUCUCUUUCGGUUCAGUGGGAAGGCUUUGAAGACGAGGAGACUGGCAUUGCUAGCUGUUCAUGGUCACUAAUAGAACAAUCUGCUUCUGACAACAGUUCUGCGUUUGGAAAUGACACUGUCGUGUUAACAGAGUCUGUGCCAAGCAGAGGUAACCUCACUCGAGUAAAUCUCAAUCUUGUCCCAGGCGCUCGCUAUGUUAGCAAGAUAACUUGCUCGAAUGGUGAUGGUUUCAACUCCACGUCCUACUCUGAUGGGAUCGUUGUUGACGUCACGGCAGCUAGUUCUGGUCUAGUACACGAUGGAUCGUCUCUUACAAUUGAUAUGCAGUAUCAAUCCUCAUCAUCAGAGGUAGAGGCAAUAUGGGAACCUUUCAAGGAUCAAGAAAGUGGUGUAGUGAAUUAUCGCUGGAGCAUAGGCACUUCACCAGACAGAACUGACAUUCUAAACUUCACAGACGUUGAUAUUAAAACCUAUGCCAAAACAUCAAACCUUACUCUCACUCACAGUCAGCGAUAUUACGUGACUGUUGAGGCCACAAAUGGUGCUGGAAUAACUUCUCAUGGAUGGUCUGAUGGCUUCCUCGUGGACAUUUCCCCGCCUCUUUUAACAGAGGUAAGCCCUCGCAACUCUUCAGAACCAAUCACAACUAAUCGUAAUUUAAAUCCCAAUUCAACUUAAAUUAAAAGCAGUUUUAUCAAAGAAACAAACAUUACCUUGAAGUAGCAGAUUUAUUAAAACAGUGCACAAGCGAAACAAUCCUCACACUAGGGGAACUGUUUACAUGUUUUCAGACCAAGAAGUGCACAGAAGUUUUUUUUUUUUGCAUUGUUGCUCAAAAAUGGCUUGAAUUUCUGGGGUGACUAUUAGUGUUUUUGGCCAUGAAGAAUGUAGAGCUACUCUGUAGAAAAGCCAUUAUUAAUAAUAAAAGUAACAAUAAUAAUAAUAUUAACAAUAUGUUUAUUAUUAUUAUUUUUCUUCUUCUUCUUCUUCUUCUUAUUAUUAUUAUUAUCAUUAUUAUUAUCGUUAGUCCUAGUGGUAGAAGUAGUAGUAUCGAAUUAAUCUAAGGAACAAAUUAACACCUACUGAAGAGAAGAGCUUUCUCGCUUAAAAUUUUAUUGGACAAAAAAGUCGUAGAGAAAACCUUCAAGUGGUUGCAUCCACCCCCUCGUUCUUCUGAGAGGUCAGAGCAAUUGUGUUUUUCUAAUUUUCAGCUUUCAAGUAGCUCAAAUGUGUGGCUCGGCCCAAAGGACAGCCUUAGCGCCUCGUGGAAAUCAAGCGAUCCCGAGAGUGACGUUAUAAAAACUGAAUUCUGCGUGGGAUCGAUUUCCAUUGGUUGCCAGAUUAAAUCUAUGACUGAGCUACCACCAAACGCCACCAAUGUCUCUUGCGAUGACUGUCAGUUAACCCACCUUGGAUCAUACUACGUCACAAUCCGAGUGACCAACGGGGCCGGUUUGUUUACAGUAGCAGCAACGAAUGAAAUAAAAGUGGACUUAACAGCACCAGUGGUCGGUGACAUAGUUCACAUGACGGAUGUCACGCCGUGCGUGAACAACUGUACCUUAACAGCAAACAUCUCGUCAUUCCUCGACAACGAAAGUGGUAUCAAGUUAUGCCGUUAUGCGAUACGAAACAGCAGUCACCUUUUGGGAGACUUUGUGAACAACGGAUUGGACAAAACUUUGAGAGCGGUGGGUCUGCAGUUACAGACUGGUGAAAGGUACUACUUUGUUGCUAGGUGCGAAAAUACCGUUGGACUUGUCACGGAAAAGACGUCUAUUGUGCCAAUACUUGUUGACAACACACCUCCAAAGAAGGUAAAUGAAUUCAUUCAGAGAACUCAUAGUCUUAAAGCUGUUGCUGUUGUUUGAUGUGCUACUAAUCCUAAGCGUUCCUCCUUUGAUGAAUCUUAUUCCCUCACCAGAUCUCACCGGUAUGUGAUACGAGUUAAAGUUUGUUGAAAGAUGUCCAUAGGCAAGUAACCAGGGGCACCCGACGAUAGUUUCCUCCUACAUACAUUAAAAACAUUUUUUUGGCUAUCCAGAGUACUUUUAGAUCUCUAGAAAUGCACUCUUAAGCGGCGCUAUGAAAUUUUUAUCUGUUCGGUCAUCGUAGGGGAACUUGAGUCUUUUCGAAAUUACAAGGGCUUCAGUUUAUUUUCCCGAAAAUUUUAGAUGCAAUUUAACGUACUACGAAAGUGAUAAUUUUUCUGAUUCCUCUCUCCAUCACAUUUUUGAAUCCGAAAAUUUUAGGCUUCCUUUUUUUCACGAAAAAUAGCCUAACCUUGGGGGGUGAAAUGUGAAAAAUUAAACUUUCGAAAAUCGUAGGGAAUUUAUUAAAUAAGCUUCGAAAGUUGUACAAGAAUAGAACGGUCACUGGAAAUUUUUAGCCGUCCUCAGGUAAUAGAAAAUUCUAGGCAAUGUUUGCUUCUCCGAACAGAUAUUUUAAAGAAAACAGUCGUUGGGUGCCCCUGGGUAACGCAUUCGCAAAUCCAAAGAUUUAUUCUCUGUUUAACCUACCCAAGCAACAAAUAUAGCCUUUAGCCUUUCCUGAAAAACUGGGUUUCAUCACCCGUGUUCUGUAACGACAACAAGUCAACACCUCUAUGAAGCAUGAUGCUUAUAAUUAGAGUAUGGGGAUAUAGCCGGAGAUAUAGCCUUAAAGGGCAAAUGAAUGGCAGCUUGCAAGCAACCUCGUUCCCAGGGUUCUUUCCUAACCGUCCCUGCAGGGACUGAUAGGAGAGGACCCCAGGGCGAGGUUGGCUUGUAAAUAGUUGCGCCAUCAAAAGUGUGACUGGUUGAGGCUUCUGACAAUGAAGGGCUUUCCACUUUUGGUCUCGGUGAAAGAAGAACCAUCACCUGCAAGCACACGUAUGCUGACAUCUGAAUAUCAAAUUCUUUUUUUUCAGGGUUCAGUUAUAGUGAGCGCAGACCGAACGCAUGACGUGUUUGGUAUUCACUCAAGCUGCCACUUAUUUAACAGAACAUUGCGGGCUCACUGGUUUGGUUUCAAUGACGACGACUCAGGCAUCAGCGGCUUUCGCGUAGCAGUAGGAAAGAAACCAAAUGCAGUGGACGUUUUGCCGUUUCAUGACGUUGGCAUGACAACAAAUAUCACCCUACCCUUGAAUAAUACAAGUGGGCUGUUUGAUGGGGACAUCGUGUACGUAACAGUAGAGUCAAGCAAUCGAGCUGGUCUAACAACUUACAGCAGUUCGCCCCCUACAAGGCUGAUUUCAGCAGACAGUGAUGCUUAUACAUCUGAAGGAGACUUUUACUGCUAUAAUGUUUAA